CUCAGUGUGCGAAAACGAAGAAAGAACUUGUCACGCUUUAUAUUUUUCGAGAUAUUUGACUAAAGCAACGAAAUUUCAAAGUAUAUUACACACUGAUCAGUAAAUGCCUGUAGAGAUGUCUGAUGCGCCAGCUCCAACCAAUCACCGCUUAAAAUCCUACAAGAACAAAGCAUUGGACUCCCAGGAACUGCGGAGGCGACGUGAAGAAGAGGGAAUUCAACUUAGAAAGCAGAAGAGAGAUGAACAGCUGUUCAAGAGACGGAAUGUGUCUAUUCCGACGGGGACUGACGACAUGACAGUCAGUGAUCUCCAGGAUGCCACUGUGUCAUCAACUGUACCAGGAGGAAUAUCCCCAGAGAUGAUUCAAGCGUUGUACAGUGAUAAUGCUGAGGAACAGGAAGCUGCCACUCAGAAGUUUAGAAAACUUUUAUCUAGAGAACCAAACCCACCGAUAGAUGAAGUGAUACAGACAGGAAUUAUUCCCAGAUUUGUUGAAUUUUUACAGAAAGAUGGAAGUUGGACUUUACAGUUUGAAGCAGCAUGGGCACUAACAAACAUUGCAUCAGGAACUUCACUCCAAACACGAGUAGUAAUUGAAGCCAGCGCUGUACCCAUCUUUAUCAGACUGCUUAGUUCAGAAAUAGAAGACGUCCAAGAACAGGCUGUGUGGGCACUAGGAAAUAUAGCAGGAGACAGUCCGGAGUGCAGAGAUUAUGUCCUGGGGGAAGAAAUUCUUGUACCAUUGUUACAAUUACUUAGUAAAAGCACCAGUUUAUCUAUGACAAGAAACGCUGUGUGGUGUUUAUCUAAUUUGUGUCGAGGUAAAAAUCCUCCACCAGAUUUUGCAAAGGUGUGUCCCGCACUGCCGGUCCUCGCCCGCCUGCUGUUCCACACCGACAAGGACGUACUGGCCGACUCCUGCUGGGCUCUGUCCUACCUGUCGGACGGACCCAACGAGAAGAUCCAGGCUGUCAUCGACUCUGGGGUCUGCAGGAGGCUCGUCGAACUCCUCAUGCAUAAUCAUCAGAGUGUGGUGGCUGCGGCUCUCAGAGUGGUGGGAAAUAUCGUCACAGGUGAUGAUUGUCAAACACAGGUUAUUCUCAACUGUUCAGCGCUGCCAUGUUUGUUACACCUACUAAGUAGCUCAAAAGAGUCCAUACGGAAAGAGGCGUGCUGGACAAUAUCAAACAUCACAGCGGGCAACCGAACACAGAUACAGAAUGUCAUAGAUGCUAAUAUAUUCCCUGUGCUAAUCAGUAUUCUUGGCAAGGCCGAGUUCAAGACACGGAAGGAAGCGGCGUGGGCUAUUACAAAUGCUACAUCGGGUGGUUCACCAGAACAAAUCCGGUUCCUGGUGGAGCAGGGCUGUAUAUCUCCACUGUGUGACUUGCUGACGGUGAUGGACAGUAAAAUCGUCCAUGUUGCCCUCAAUGGCUUGGAGAACAUUCUACGUCUGGGUGAGCAGGAUGCCAAACACAGCAACAACAUGAAUCCCUAUGCUGUUCUCAUCGAGGAGUGCUAUGGUCUAGAUAAAAUAGAGUUUUUACAAAGUCACGAAAACCGUGAGAUUUAUCAGAAAGCGUUUGACAUUAUUGAGAAAUAUUUUGGAACCGAGGAAGAGGACAAAGUGAUUGCUCCACAGAUGGAUGAGAAUUCUCAGCAGUUUCAGUUUGGUGUUCAGCAGCAGAACAAUCCUGUUGGUGGAUUCCAGUUCUAGGUGUUUGACACUGUCGUGGUAGCAUGACGUGUGACCAUCGCGUCCACACGCUACUAGUCCUCUCGUCCAUUGGGAUCACUCGCGGAACACAUGCAAGUCACACCCUCGACAGCCGUCGUCAUGCCCGUCCCCAUGCCCAAAUUCUGGUCUGUCCUUUUGAAGGGUGAAGUCUGUGUUCCAGGGUGAUCGUUCUCCCCAUUGUCUUUCGCGGAUCCCGCAGUACGGCAGAGAAACGCUGUCUGUCCCAACAAAACUCGUCUGGAAGAUGAACCAGUGUGCUGAGCACUUAUUUAUAUUGCUAAUGCUUCCUAGACUUCAUGUGACUGAGAAUCUUUACAGAUUGUUUUCCAAUGCGUCAGACUUGUGUCCCCAAACCCUGUGAUGAUUUCGACUAUCUCGCUGAAUAGUGUUGAAAGUUGUUUUAAAAGUUUCCACACCGAUUGUUCCUUACUGCUUUUAAAACAUUUUCAAGAGAAGAUCUGUCAGUGUCUUGCAACAGAAUAUUGUUAAAAUAUGUAAAAAUACAAACAUAUCCCAUGACAAUUUGAAAAAAUAUUUCUGCCAUUUUUAAUGUAAAAUGUAUCCCAGCUGCAGUUGUUUCCCUUAUGUACAUGGAGUUGUACACCUUGUGAACCUGUUCAGUUACUUGUUUGCGUAGAAAUAUAUUUUUGUUUUUAAUGUAAAGUAAUUGUAAAUUUUUUGCAUUGUUAAGAAUAACUAAGUAGUGUCAGUGUUUUAUUUCAAGGACAGUGCAGAUAUAUGUCCCUAUUGACUGGAAAUCAAUUUUCAUUAACAAUCUCAAGUUUGAUCAUGUGACUUUGAACUUGUGAUAUUCCUGUGGUGCAUACCAUUGUGCAAGACUGAACAUCAAUAGAUUACUAUGAAUUGUAUUGUAGGAUAAUUGAAAAUAAUAAUGCUUGAGGAUAAAAAGGAACUAUACAACUAUUAGUGAUAAGAAUUGUUAAAAUAUAUAGGAAAAGUUGUAGAAAAAUUUGGCUUUGAUGAAUGUUUGCCACAGAAGCAGUUAAAUCCAGUGAAUAAAGAUAUUCUUUAAAUGUACUAAAUUCUGACAAUGUUUAUCAAGCAAGAAUGUUACUAUCAACAUUUAAAGAUUUGAUUGUUCUAAGUUUCUCAAUAAGGUACUGAGUGUGGCAAACAUUGAAUUAGGUUUAUCAUGCUAGGCUGUUGUUUACAGUUGCAACCCUGACAGUUCAGCAGUUUUCAUUUGCCAGUAUUACAAAAUAAAUAAUCAAGUAAGAAAAUUGACAGAAAAUUUAAAGUUCCACAGCAAAAUAAAUGCCAGCAAUCUGCACAGAACAACCUAUUGCUGUGGUUAAUUGACAGGGUUGCAUUUGUCCGAUGUUUGUUUAUUGCAGUUCCUGUUUGGAGCUGUUUAAAAAGUCUUUAUUGUGACAGAAUUGAAAUAACUGGAUUGAUUUACUUAAUAUUAUAAUUAUAUUAUUGAAAGUUAUUCCUGAGAAUGCAGCCUCCUAGAACCUAAAACGAGUAUUGACAGAGAGCGGAAGUAUUACAUAGAUUACAGCCAUAUUGUGGUGAUUCUACAAUAUUCAAAUAGAGGAGACAUUUUGUAAACUAAACAUUCACUUUAUCUGAAUGAGAUUUUCUAAUUUAAAAUGUUUAUUAUCUAUUGUAAAGGCCAUCAUAUGAUAAAUUGGUUAUAUCCAUUUUAACAAACUACCAAAAUACUUAUUUACAAAAUACAAAAGUAAUAGUAUUAUGCUAGUAUAUAAAUAGUAAUUAUUUCUGGCUAUAUUGAUAAUGACAGCAGAUGCGAGCAUUAGUUUGUACAUCUGUUCUGAAUAGUUUUCAGUGGAUAGUUUCCAUUCUUCCUCUGUUUAUUAGUAUGUGGUUCAGUGCCACACCCUUUUGCUGAAUUUACUGCAUGGAUUGAUGUGAAUCCCGCCCAGUAAAGUGAUUCAUGAGGUCAUGGCUACUGUGACUGAGGUUGAAGUCUCAUUUGUACGAGUCUAAAGGCUCCUAUAGUUUAAAUCUGUAGGCUCCUAUAAUGUGAGUAUGUAGACUUCUAUGGGCUCCUAGAGUUUGAGUCUGUAGUCCUGUCAUGUGAGUCCACAGUCUAUAAUUAUGUAAGUCUUUGUCUCUUGUUUUUGAGAUGUUCAAGUCUUCCAUUAUGGGAGGCAGCUGUCUCCUCUCAUUUGAGUCUAUAGACAAGUCUGUAGGUGAGUCUAGUCUGUAAUCUGCAUUUUGCAAGUCUUAUAGUGUUAUAAAUCAGUGUAUGUGCUCAUCACACAAGGUUGCUGUAUACGGUUUCCUGAGGCUGCAUUCCCAGGAUUGUGUAUCAUUGUUGUGCUGUAGAAUUAACAGUAGGAACUAUUUGGGGAAUUUGGUAUUUGAUUUGUAUUGUGUAUCUAGGUGAAAACUUCGCUAUUCUAUAAUGCAUUGCACUGGGAUGUUCUCUGUGAUGUUCAAGUAAGAAUUAUUUAUUCUGCAGUCGGUCAUAAUCAUCUUUCACAAAUAUAUUUAAACUGAGCUGUCCAAAGAUCAUCUUUUUGAGAAAAUCAGUUUAAAACCAAAUAUUGGGAUUGUUUUCUUUCAUUUAUACUCCUAUAAUCUGGUGUGCUUCACUAGUCAAAGCCUUGCAAAUUCUCUUUUAGAAUGAAAACAAGAGCUGCAAGAGCUGUAUAAUUAGCUUAUACCUAGGAUGUAUUUUAAUUCCAGUUGUUUGAUAAUGACUUUGUUUUCAAGGUUGGGUAGAUGGCUUAUAUGGCUUCAAGUGGACAAUAUAAGACAUACAUAAUUCUUGUUUUGUAUUAAUUAAAUUGAUUCAUGACAGAGAUCAACUAUAAUUGAUAACCUUGUAAUAUUUUGUCUUAAACUAAAGCUUAAAUACGAGUACAAAGCAAAACACAGGGUGGAAUUUACAAGCUUGUUUUUGUGUUAAACACGUGAUUACAUACAUUUACAAUGCUUAAAACCUGGGUUUAAGAAAAAGGGUUUGUAAAUUCUGCCCAUGCUGUCUUGUAUAGUGUAGUUUUAUAUUUCUCUUGAAAAUGACAGUUGAUUAAACCAGUGGUAAUGUAUUAGUGGAAGAGUGGGAGUGAGAAGUUUUAACUUUAUCUUACAAGAGUGACGUCCUUUAUUAUUUUCACAAACCAUGUGCACCAAGAAUACAAAUACAUGCUGUAUUCAUCAAGAAUUGAUAAUUGUAGACAAACUUCACAUGUAGUAACAUUACAAAUGGCUAUUAAUAUCAUUUUGAUGCUAAAUAAAAACUUCAUUGGUAGUUAUUAUUCUAUGAGAUAUUCAAGGCUUAAAUCUUGGAAUUUAGUUUAAAAUAUUUUGAAACUGUUAAUUUAAUUGUCAAGAUUGGGGGGGAUGGGGUGUCUUUUUUCUAAAUUUCUGUUACAGGAUGUACAUGAAAUAUUGCAGCACAUCUUGCUUUGAAGUGAUAAAGUGAUUUAUUCAACAUUGACGCAGAUAAUGGUGAACAUAAUAAAGGAUGUUACAGUCUUGGAUUAUGUAGUAAGUGCAAACAUGCAUACACACAUGCAGAUUAAACAACAGAUAUAUAUAGAUACAUAUAUAUAUAUAUAUACAUUCACUCAAACAAGUGGGUUGGGUGGGGUUGGUGUUCCAAGGGAAUAAUGCUACAAUUGGUCGUAGUGUUUGUAAAGAUUACUGAAAUAAUUUUUGGUUUUCUGUUAGGGGGAUUGUUGGUAUCUACAUUUCACAUGUUGCUUACUAAAUUUUGAAAUCUAAAACUUGCUGUUAGAUGUUAAAAGUGUAUUUGUUGUUAAUCUGAAUACAUAAGCGUGUAUGUGAUGUUGUGUAUGGCAGCUUAUGUAAGUUCUAAAUUUGUGUCUGUAUUAACAAAUGGUGUGAGAAAUAUAACUGGGUUUGGCUGUGCAUGGUACACAGCAUGAAAUAAGGACGUAGUAGCAGUGUGUGCACAUGUGAUGCAAAUAGCUAAAUGUAACAGAGGUGAGAAAACAGUGUGGGAAGUAGGGACGUGUAACAUUAACGGUAGGUGCCUGGAAGAAAGUUGUACUUCUGUCAGCAAGAAAGGAUGGGUAGGUGGUGGCUGCAAGUUAACGUAACAUCACAAUUAGGUGGAUGUUGAGAAGGAUGUAGUGAUAAUGAUUGGCAACUCAUUCAAGUUGUAAAUGUAACUUUAAUGUUUUAUGUUUUGAAUGAGAUGUGAUGGUGAUGAUGGGAGACUCAUACAAGUUGUGAAUGUAACGUCAACAUCAGGUGGAUGUCAAGAAGGAAGUAGUUGUGUAUGAUGGGUAACUUGUACAAGUCGUGAAUGUAACGUCAACAUCAGGUGGAUGUCAAGAAGGAAGUAGGUGUGUAUGAUGGGUAACUUGUACAAGUCGUGAAUGUAACGUCAACAUCAGGUGGAUGUCAAGAAGGAAGUAGUUGUGUAUGAUGGGUAACUUGUACGAGUCGUGAAUGUAACGUCAACAUCAGGUGGAUGUCAAGAAGGAAGUAGUUGUGUAUGAUUGGUAACUUGUACGAGUCGUGAAUGUAACGUCAACAUCAGGUGGAUGUCAAGAAGGAAGUAGGUGUGUAUGAUGGGUAACUUGUACGAGUCGUGAAUGUAACGUCAACAUCAGGUGGAUGUCAAGAAGGAAGUAGGUGUGUAUGAUGGGUAACUUGUACAAGUCGUGAAUGUACGAGUGAUGUAGUUUGGGAGGUAUCAUUGAAAAUGGUGGAAUGCGUAAAUGUGAUGCAAGUAGCCACAUAUAUUUGUGAAGUGGUGCAAGUAGCAAAUACAGUGGUGAACUGGGACCAAGCAAGUUGUGAGUGUAAGCAGCUGUAUGUGAAGACUGAGCUAGAAAGAGAGGUGUGCUUGGUGAAUGUGUGGUGCAAGUAGCUGAAUGUAGCAGUGGGGUGUUAACUGUAUGACAGUUAUGUUAAUCUACCGGUAAUGUGUGUGUGCAUGUGUGUGUGCAUGUUGCAUGUUAAAGUGUGGCUAGAUGGUGUGAUAGCAUUAAGAUGCAACUGGUGUAUCAGCAGGGUACAUGGGACCAUGUAGGGUGUGGAUGUAGCAGGUCGUAUGUGACCGCAUGUCAGGUGUGGGUUAUGGAAGUAUGAGUGCAGUUACUGAAUGUGAUUGUAUGUCAUUGCGUCACAUACAGGUAUUUAUGUAUGAAUGUAUUGCUUAGCUGGCUACAUAGAGUAGAGUGGAGUCCAGUACACAAUAUAAUUGCUUCGUAUGAGAAUAGUCAAUUGCAUAGCAACCAAUGAAAUCAUAAUGUUGUCUUGUCACCAUCGGCUAUUGUACGGAGCAUCAUAUCAUGCAAAGUUGCCUGUAAGGUAACUGACAGGUUUGUGAUGGUGAGGAAGAGAGUUCGUGCGAGACGAAGGUCACAAUGAGUUAGGUGCUAAAAGGGGUGGGCUACGAUUAUAUGUAACAUGUGGUGACAUGUGAAAUGUGGUAGCAUAUUGCUUCUCAAUGUGUACUCGUUUUGGUUUUCUUUAAAAGAAAUUUAGACAUGGGCAGGCAGCCCUCUUUUUUUUCUGUUUUAAUAGCAAAUAAAUUGUGAGCAAAACAAACUUUUAGUUUGCUCAAAGAUGAAAGUGCCAAGUAUUGACCAAUGUUGAAGAUUUGAAAUGGGUAUGCUGGGCAAACAGGCUCUGUAAGAUGUAAAUGUUUUAUCAAGUGCCUGUGCCUGCAGAAGUUCUGGGGUGGGGUAUGGGUUGAAUGGGUUUGGGGGGUGGGGUGUUCAUGCAAGACACAUGUACAUAGUAUAAACCCAGGCAUUUUGUAUGUACAAAAAAUAUAUAUACAUGAAACAUAAUGCCAAAACUUUUUUCACAAACAGUGACGCACAGGUAAACGACAUCUUGAUGUAUGUUCUUUAACUUGUGUAGAAAAUAAACAACUUGCCAUUCA